AUGCUCCCGUCAGGCCAGCAGCAGGCGUGCACAGCGCUCUCAUACCCCCUCCUCUCUCGCCCCUUCUCUCUCCCGGCUUUCAAAAUGUCUGUCGUCACUGUCCCAACCACCCCCUUCUCCGGCCAGAAGCCCGGCACCUCGGGCCUUCGCAAGAAGGUCAAGGUGUUCCAGCAGAAGAACUACACCGAGAACUUCAUCCAGGCCACGUUCACUGCCAUGCCCGGCGGCAGCGAGGGCACUACCAUUGUUGUCGGUGGUGACGGUCGCUUCUACUCGCCCGAGGUGUCGCAGACCAUCCUCCGUCUCGCUGCUGGUAACGGCGUCAAGCACGUCGUCAUUGGCCAGGACACCAUCCUCUCGACCCCUGCCGUCUCGGCCCUUGUCCGUUCGCUCAAGGCCGACGGUGCCAUCCUCCUCACGGCCUCGCACAACCCCGGUGGCCCCGAGAACGACUUUGGCAUCAAGUUCAACAUCUCCAACGGUGGCCCCGCUCCCGAGGAUGUGACCAACAAGAUCUACGCUGUCACCGAGGACAUUAAGGAGUACAAGACCGUCGAGCUCCCGGACCUCGACCUCUCCAAGACUGGCGAGUUCACCCACGGCCCUCUCAAGGUCACGAUUGUCGACUCGGUCUCCAACUACCUCCAGCUCCUCCAGGAGAUCUUCGACUUUGACAUGAUCAAGAAGUGGCUGCACGAGACGUCGCCCAAGCCCUCGGUCCUCUUUGACGCCCUCAACGGUGUCACCGGCCCCUACGGCCGUGCCAUCUUUGUCGAGGCUCUCGGCCUCCCCGAGUCGUCGAUCCAGAACUGCACCCCCCUGCCCGACUUUGGCGGCCUCCACCCGGACCCCAACCUCACCUACGCCCACACCCUCGUCGAGCGCGUCGAGAAGGAGAACAUUGAGUUUGGCGCCGCCUCGGACGGUGACGGUGACCGUAACAUGAUCUACGGCAAGGGCGCCUUUGUCACCCCCUCGGACUCGGUGGCCAUCAUUGCCGACUGGGCCGAGGAGGCCAUUCCUUACUUCAAGGGCGGCGUCAAGGGCCUUGCCCGCUCGAUGCCUACCUCGGGCGCCAUCGACAUUGUCGCCAAGGCCCGCGGCCUCGAGUGCUUCGAGGUCCCCACUGGCUGGAAGUUCUUCGGUAACCUGAUGGACGCCGGCCGCCUCUCCAUCUGUGGUGAGGAGUCGUUCGGUACCGGCUCGGACCACAUCCGUGAGAAGGACGGUGUGUGGGCUGUUGUUGCCUGGAUGUCGAUCCUCGCCAAGGCCAACCAGACCAAGCCCGGCACCGACAUCAACGCCAUCCUCCUCGCCCACUACAAGAAGUACGGCCGCUCGUUCUUCUCGCGUUACGACUACGAGGAGGUCGCCUCGGAGGGUGCCGAGGCCAUGAUGGCGCACCUGCGCGAGACCUUUGCGUCGUCGUCGUUUGCCGGCUCGGCGCACAAGGCCACGUCGUCGGACGCGUCGUUCACCGUCGCUGCCGCCGACGACUUUGCGUACACCGACCCCAUUGACGGCUCGGUCUCGACCAAGCAGGGUCUGCGCAUCAUGUUCACCGACGGCUCGCGCAUCAUCUUCCGUCUCUCGGGCACGGGCUCGUCGGGCGCCACCGUCCGUCUCUACGUCGAAAAGUACUCGCGCAACGAGGCCGAGUACGCCGACGACGCCCAGGUCGGCCUCAAGCCCCUCAUCGAGGUCGCGCUCCAGCUCUCCAAGCUCCAGGAGUACACCAAGCGCGACAAGCCCAACGUCAUCACCUAA